CCCCCCGCUUUCAUUCACUAAUAUUACUCCCAUAUCCGUUUAUAAUAAUUCGGUUAGUUUACAUUUCAGCUCCGGCUUUGUUUACAGCGCACCGCAUUUUUAGGUCUGUUAUUUUCAAUGGAGGACAUAGAUGAGCCACAGACUGCGCCGCCCGCUGCUGCAAAUAAGAGGCCGAAGAGGAAAGCGAGUCUGCGGAGAAAGUCUGUUGUGGCGGACGCGGAGCCCGAGUCCCCCGGGAGCAGCGACCGGAGACGGCCUCCUUUAAGAAGAGGAAGUUCCUUCACCUUUCUGACGCCUGGUCCUCAGUGGGAUUUCAGUUUGAAACGCAAGCGCAGAGAGAAAGAAGAUGAUGCCGUCAGUCUGUGCAGCUUUGACUUUAAGGAACCCAGUACCAAGCGCGUGCGGCCGCUGGGCCGAGUCACCUCCCUGGCGAACCUCAUCUCCCCCGUGAAGAAUGGGGCCGUCCGCCGCUUCGGCCAGACCCUCCAGGCCUCGUUCAGAGGCGAUGGGCGGUCCCCAAGCGUGCCCCACCACAAGGCCUGCAGCAAAGCGGCGGCACCCACACCCCCCAAGCGACGAAACAGCACGCUCUGGUCCGAGACUUUGGACGUACACCAAAAGGGCACGUUUUCCACCAAAGAGAUCAAGCGGCAGGAGGCAAUCUUUGAGCUGUCGCGAGGAGAGCAGGACCUGAUUGAGGACCUCCAGCUUGCCCGCAAGGCUUACCAUGACCCAAUGCUGAAGCUAUCAAUCAUGUCCGAGGAGGAGCUAACGGCCAUCUUCGGAGAUCUGGAUGCUUACAUCCCUCUGCACGAAGAUCUGUUGGCUCAGUUGGCCAAAGCUACAGGCCCUGAUGGCACAGUAGGAGAGAUCGGCCAAAUCGUCGUCGACUGGCUUCCGAGGCUAAACGCAUAUCGGGCUUACUGCAGUAACCAGCUGGCAGCCAAAGCCCUGCUGGACCAGAAGAAGCAGGACCCAAGAGUGCAGGACUUUCUGCAACGAUGCCUAGAGUCGCCCUUCAGCAGAAAGCUGGACUUAUGGAGCUUUCUUGAUAUUCCUCGUUCCCGCCUGGUUAAAUACCCACUCCUGCUGAGGGAGAUCCUCCGACACACGCCGACCGAACACCCGGACACAACCAGUCUCGAGCAAGCUGUCAGCAUCAUUCAGGGUGUGCUUGCUGAUAUUAACAUGAAGAAGGGCGAGUCAGAGUGCCAGUACUACAUCGACAAGCUGGAGUAUCUGGACGACAGACAGAAAGACCCCCGGAUAGAGCAGUGCAAGAGCCUGCUGUGUCACGGCGAGCUUCGCAACAAGAGCGGCACGAAACUGCACGUGUUCCUUUUUACCGACGUCCUGGUCCUCACUCGGCCGGUGACGAGGAAUGACCGCCACUGUUUCCAAGUUUAUCGGCAGCCCAUCCCCGUGCAGGAUCUAGUAGUCGAUGACCUGCAAGACGGAGACGUUCGCAUGGGCGGCUCUUUCAGAGGGGCUUUCAGCAAUGCAGACAAAGCCAAGAACAUUUUCCGCGUCCGCUUUCAAGACCCGGCACACGGCCAGUCGCACACGCUGCAGGUUAACGACAUUUUCCACAAGCAGCAGUGGCUGAACUGCCUGCGCACUGCCAUGUCAGUCGUCCAGAGUGAAGCACCAGCUGCCACCACCACAACCACCACCACCACCACCGACGUCUGCUCCAAACGCCGCUCCUCCACAGCCUCCUCUGUAGUGCACAUGGACGAGAUUGAUGAGAACCAGCCCCAAAAUGCAGCAUCAGCUCCCAGCUCACCUCAGAGUAACGAACCCCCCAGCCCUACACCUUCAGCCACCUCCACCAUCUCAAACUCUUCAACAACAUCCUCAUCUUCCUCGUCCUCAUCCUCUUCCUCCUCCUCAUCCCGUAAAUCCAAAAAGGACAAGCGUGGACUCUGUUCGCUAGGGAAGCGGAAGGAGACCAUGGUGUAGGGCUAACCUAAAGACUCUGUGGUAAAGUUAAGGACUUAAAGCUGGUUUCAGGGAACACCCCCUGAUACAGCGGACUUGUAUUUAUGUGUGUUGGAACCGUCUGGUUCUGCGGCAGUGUUUCUGUGUUACUGUCCACAACGGCAGCUAUAUUACAAACCCCGCUCCAACCCGUCCCACUGCGGAAAUGAUCCGUACCUGAGACAUGCAGGAUACUCCGGGCGGACUGCAUGCUGUGAUCUCCAAGGAAUCGAUCAAAAGAAACGAUUCCUGCACACUUUCACUUCACUUUCUCAAGUGACUGUUCAGUGUGAGAGAGUGAGCAACUCGCCAUGUUUACUGUUAUUUUGGUAUUUUAUUAUUUUAAUAUUGAUUUUGUUUGUAAUUAAAGUUUUACUUUUUAUAUAUAUUUUCAAUCAGAAAUUUACUGUAGCUCUUUCGUUUGCAUUGGAACAGCACUGUUUAGCUUUCAGCUGAAAGAAAUUCAAGAUACUCAAGAACAGCAAUAAGGGAAGAACGAGGUCAGAAAUCAGAAACGUCCAAUAUGUUGUACAAGUCUGAUUCGGAACUCUGAAAUCUCUGGAAGAGUCUUAUUUCCGUACAUUCCUAUCCUCAUCAUCAAACUUCUGUUUCAUCAGCCAGAUGUUUAUGGUUCAUAAUAAUUGACAGCAUUAAUUUAAAGCAUUGUUUAUUUUUUAUUAUUUUUAAUUCUUUGUUUCUUUUAAAAACCCAAAAGAAAUCAGUACAAUUGUGAUGUACAGUAAUUUACACUGUCGACGGAUCAAAAUGUGGUAUUUCUUUUUUAUUUUACUCAUGUAAAAUUGAAACUGAGCCAUGUUGGCUUUUUUUUAAACGAGAAAGCUAACUUCCCCAACAUGAUAUGGAUUAUUUUUCAAUGUAGCAUCUUGCGUGGAGCUUUACUUGUGGAGUCUCGCCUGCUCCAGAGUGGACCAUGGCAUGUAUGUGCUUGUCUAAGCACAGGAGUUUAGUGAUAGUUGGCAGAGAACUUGUAAGUUGUAUGAUGGCUUAAGGUACGUUGGUAAAAAAAAAAAAUGGAUGGAAAUUUUGAAUUGUUUUGGUUAAGAGAAGAUUGACUUUCGAUUCAAGGCACUACGCACAUCCACAGCUGUUGGUCUGAUGUCUGAGGUCUGUGUUUAUGUUGUUGUAGUGUCUUGAACAAAGUACGAAGGUUUGAUGCGCUGGUGAAAAGCCAGUGAGAGCUGUUUUUAAAGAAAGAUGAAAAGAAUGUUAGAAAGAUGAAACUGUUGAAGGUUGAAGAAUGUCAUGUAAAAAGUGUUAAAAGCCGUUUGUAAAAAAGACUAAAGAAUAUGUUGAACUUUGAAAGACUGCGGUGGACUUGUAAAUGUGUUUUGAUUGUAAAAAGAAAAACGCAAUAAUUAAUGGAACAAUAAAGGUCUGUGUAAGAUUUGCAUCUGAAAA